AUGAUUAAGAAAGUUUUACAACACAUUGAACACAGUCAUGGCCGUUACGCUUCCAACCUUCACUACGGUACCAAUAUUGUCAACAACAAUAAACUAGGUGUGGCUUUUUCACCCAAUAAACUUGCUUUCGAUAUUGUAUCUAAGUUCCCUCGGCUAGAUUUUAGCAAUCUUUUAAGAUGGCUAGUUAAUACGAAGAAGGAGAUCCACGCAGAAAAUUUACAACUAUCACAAUUCAGAUAG